GAGCGGAGAGGAAAAGGAGCCACCCUGCGAUGUUUUAUUGAAAAGCCCAUCUCCCCGGCUGCUGUCGCCGGGCCGGGUGGCUCAGCCCCGCAGAGAUGUCUGCGGGCCGAAGGCAUCUCCCGAAACAAGCCCUGCUGCACAAGGGAAGCAUCCCUGGAGCAUCUUCUGGACCAUCAGCUCUGGGAAUGUGAUCCACAGGGACAAGGCAUCAUCGUGGUCCCCGAGAGCUCACGGGCAGCAUGGCUGGGCAUCCUCCAAGGCUGUGACCAGCUCCUGCUGGGAACGAGCGGGCUGUGCCGCCUCUCUGGCUCAGUCCCCAACAGAAAGCAAGGUGUUCCCGGUGCUGGCGGGGGUGGCUCAGCCCCAGCACCCAAAUCUGGCUCUGGGGAGAGCCAUCACAUCGUGGGAAUUUCAUGGCUGGAGAGGCAGGGCCUGGGCGCAGAGAGCUGCCGGCGGCUCGGCACGGCUGGCUGCAGGGCACCGCUGAGCCGGCUUGAAACCAUGGCACAGCUCCGGCCCUGUGGCUUUAUUUCUGAAGGAGAGGCAGUGGCAAAGUUUUCCAGCCAUGCUGGGUGCUUUCCAAGGGAUGAAUUUGCUUGGCAUAAGGCAGCCAGCAGUAGGUUGCCUGGCUCUGGUUGUCGGGGCCGAGAUGUCUCUGUAAGGGAGUUUUUUGAGAUGUGUGUGUGUGUGUAUAUGUAUAUAUGUGCAUCCUCCUGCUUGUAAUGCUCUUGUUCGGAGGCUGCAGGCAGCUGGCCUGGGUGGGCGACGUGCUUGCCUGGAAGGCAGAGUGCUCAGGGUGUGAGGCCAUGGGCUCUGCGGGUGUGGGGGGCAGAGCCACGUGACCCCUCUCUCAAUAAGCAGUGUCCCUUAUCUUGCUCGAGAUGAUUUUGUGGCAUUUGGCAGUUUUGUACCUUCCCAUGCCCCUGCAGUGCGGUUUCACUGUCUGGGCACAUGCCGGUGGUUGGUGGUCCAGGUGGACUGUGCACCGGCAGGACCGCAGCCAGCAAAACCUUCACACGUGGGCUCCGGUGCAGGGAUGUGAGGUAGGAAACAUCCCUGGCAGAGGGCACCUGGUGUCCUCGGGAGGGAUUUUUCUUAUUGCGGAUCUGUAAAACUUUCAGGAGUGGAUUUUCAGGUGCCGGGGCAAGCCAUGGUGUGAGUCAUGUGCUGUUGGGUUAGGCUGCUUCAAAGCCAUAGUGGAAGGAGAAGGGGAGCUCUCGCCGUGGUGCCUUCUUCUGACCUUGUGUGUAGAGCAGGGGAAGAGAAGGCUGUUCCCUGGCAGCGGGAGCCUGGCUUGUUUUCCUGGCUUUAAGAACGGCUUUCCUGCUGGCUGAGUGGGCCGGUACUGGUGGGGCACAGUCUGUGUGCCAGAGCAGUGCUGGAUGCGAGGUUAGCCCCGUUUCAGCUGGCUGUAUCGUUAAAAAUUAAAAUAUCUGGGUGUGAAUAUUCAUCCCCAGUCUGGAGCAGAGAAGCCCGUGGUGGGAGGAGAUGGGGUAGCUGCUGCCAUGCCGUGCCCAGGGGGACAGAGCCCCUCCAGGGAGGCCAUCAUCUCAUUUUUAUAGCCCCUCUGUGGUUAUGAGUCUUAUCUGAGCCUGAAACGCGCCCAUCCCUUGAGCAGGCUGUGGAGGAGCCCCUUCCCUCCUGGUGCUUUUGAUUGUAGGAUGUUGCCCUACCCGGGGAAGGGCUCCAUCGCCCAGGGCCGAGGGUCUCCCAGGUCCCAUGACCCCGUGGUGGUGGUCCUUGCCAAGCACGGCGUUCUGUGCCGGCCGCCAUCCCUGAGCUGCUCCUGCCGGGCGUGCGGGGUUAGUGCUAGGCGUUUGCAUCCCUGCCAGGCAGCAGAGUUAAUUUUUGCCUGAAGCAGGUUUCCUGCGUGGCCUGAACUUGUGUGGGAAAAUCUGCGGCGAAGCUGGGCAGCCCCGCAUCCCUCUCCAGCCGCAUCCUGACCCGCCACGGGGAGCCACAGCCUCGUAAAUAUUUGGUGGGAGCCAACCCACCCUGCUGUCCUCCUGCUGUCGGGGUACCAAGGGCAGGGAUGUGGGUGCCACCCCUGAGCCUGGCGGGUGCCAGAGCGACGGGAUGGGUGGUGGGAGCCUUGGUGACCCCACGGCUCCUUUUGGGGACAGAGCAGGAUAUCCUCUCCGGGCAGGGUAAGGUCCUUUGCUGGUGGUGCGUGAUCCUCGGGUGAGGGGAGUCCGUGUGUGGUGACCCCCCAGCCCGGCUGGUGCUGCCCGCAGGGAUGCUGCAGCUGGCGGGGUGGGCCGGGGGCUGCACCUGCCGGGACCCCGCUCCCAGCCCCGCCGGCAUCUGUGCCGCCGCAUGUCCGUCUGCAGCGGGCGCAUGCAUGCAAAAAUAAGACAUUUCUUCUUUCUCUGCUGCCUGCGCAUUCCUCAAAAAGCUAAUAUUCAUGAAAGGUAAUUCAAUCAAACCACGAUGCCUAUCAGCUAAUGCAGCAAAGCUGGCGCAGGGGUGAGAAUGGGAGCCAGGAACACAAAAGCCCUGUUUUAUUACCUCCUGCUUGCCUGAGAAUUGCUUUUCUCCCUCGAGUGAGCCGGCUAAAGCUGGCUUUAUUAUGUUAACCUAUUUGCGUGUCAAGAGCUAUUGUGCCUCUCUUUAUCUGUGUUUGUAUUUGCUCGAUGCAGGGAAUAAAAGGACGAGGCGAAAAUGGAUGGCUGGUCAGUGCUUUGCACUCUGGGGGCACUGAUUGGUUGCUAAGUGAUUUGCAUCCUCGGUAAUCGCUUUUAUCUCGGAAGGAUGUCGUGUAUAAUUAUAAGCCUACUGACAUCUUUUGAAAUCUGCCUAAUGGGUGUUUUUAAUUUACAUGGGAAGCAGGGGCUAUUUGUGUUGCUCUGAUUACAGGUUGUGCCAGUAUAUGGAUUAAAAUAUAGAUAUUUCCAUAGACGUGGGGGACCGUGAGUGAUGAGGCUGUGAUUUUUGGCGAGUCCCUGCUCUCCCAGGGAUGGGUCCCGGAAGAGCAGAAGUCACCGUGGGACACGGGCCAGCGGUGGGGGCGGCACUGCCCGCCGGGAGACCCAGACCAUGCUGGCCUGCCUGCAGAGGACCCAGAACCCCCCAGCCCAGCACCUCGCCUGCCCCAACAAGGCGCUGGAGCCGCGCAAGUGCGAGACGGUGGCACCCAUGCAUUCCCCGCGCUACCCCAGCCCCGCCGAGCUGGACGCCUACGCACAGAAGGUGGCCAACAGCCCACUGACCAUCAAGAUCUUCCCCACCAACAUCAGGGUCCCCCAGCACAAGCACCUUAACCGGACGGUCAAUGGCUACGACACCACAGGGCAGCGCUACAGCCCCUAUCCCCUGCACGCCGGCGGCUACCAGGGCCUCCUGGCCAUCGUCAAAGCCUCCGGUAAAAGCGUGGUGAAGAACUCGGAGGGGAAGCGGACUAAGCUCUCGCCCGCCCAGGUCGGUGUCGCUCCCUACCCCGCGUCAAGCACUUUAGCUCAAGGUCCCUCCUGUGCCGGGCAGCUGAGCUACCACGGUGGCCAGAAGCAGCUGGAGGGCCCCGUACCCCCCAAUGUGACGGUGGCGGCCUCCGUGCUGCCGCUGGCGGGCAGGAGCCUGGCCCUGCCGCCGUCCAACCUGCCCUCCAUCCAGAGUAUCAUCUACCAGAUCAAUCAGCAGUGCCAGGCGCAGGGCGCCCAGCCGGGCUGCCCGGCCGUGGUGGCCACCAACCCCAGCCCGGCCAAGCACGGCGCCUUCGCUGGCGCCACCGCGUACGCCAGCGCCGUCCUGCCAGAGUGCCGCAAGGGUGCUGAGCUGGCGCUGGGCUCCAACCCGGCUGUGGCCCUGGGACCCAAGGCGGGCAUCUACCCCGAGGGCAUGGACUACCUGGUCUGGCAGCAGAAGCAGCAGCAGCACCUGCGAAUGUACAGCGGGGGCAGUGGCGGCGGGGGGGCCCUCAGCAAGUCCCCCGAGACGUGUGCGGGCGCCUCGCGCCCCUACGCCCUGGGUGGCGCGGCCGAGAAGGUGAGCUCGUCCCCCUUGAACUGCAUGCACGGCAACUUCUCAGUGGGGCAGUACUUCGCCCCCCCUUGGAACAGCAUCCUUGUGACCCCCAACAGCGACUGUUACAACCCGCCGGAGCUGGGGGCCGGGCCCCGCGAGCUGGGGGUGCCCCCCACCGAGGGGCUGCCCAGCAAGACGCUCUGCAAUACCUCCAUCCUCAGCAGCAGCCUCCAGUCCCUGGAGUAUCUCAUCAACGACAUCCACCCGCCUUGCAUCAAGGAGCAGAUGCUGGGCAAGGGCUACGAGACCGUGUCUGUGCCAAGGCUCUUGGACCACCAGCACGCCCACAUCCGCUUGCCCGUCUACAGAUAAGGAACCGAUGCUGCUUUUCCCAAACCCAGGGCGAGGACUUUGGCGCGAGCCGUGCUCCCCUCCGGCACCGUGCGGGUACCAGACCGUGGCAGCAAGGGCGGGGGGACGGGGAGGGGGGACACGGGGUCUGCUGCCGAAAGGGCUCCCGGGACACUGGCAUUUCACCGGGGUCCCCAGACUGGAUACACCCGCAACCCACUGGAAGCCGAGGACGAAGGACCGCUUGUCUAUAGAGCUCAGAAAUCAUUUUAUCUCCACGAAUGUGAACAGGGAAUUGCUACGAGUUGCUGCUAUCCAGGGAGAGGAGGCUUGGCUCUGCGUGCCUGGCCGGACCCGUGCGGGCAGAGCCCGGUGCCGUGGCUGGCCGGAGCGUCUCUGGCAAUUGGUCCCAGCCCGGCAGCCGGCCGGCGCGCGGCGGCCGCAGGGAGCUCGUGCCUGACCUGUAGCUGAAGUCCGUAACUUGCACUGCUUUGAUUAAAGCUAAUAAUUGGGGACAGUCUGGAGGCUAUUUAAGAAAAACACUUGAAAACUUGAACAGAUUUUUUUUUUUUUUUUUUUUUUUUUUUAGUUGACUAGGCUGUACAUCUGCGUGUUGGCUGCUACAGAGUCUCCUCCUGCCCCUCUUCCUCCUCCUCCUCUCUCCCGGCCCCACGUUGGCCACCAGCUCCUAUUCCCACUCAACUGGGAGGUUCGGUGCCCCUGUGCCGGGCACCCAUCGGGACCCCCGGCCCCUCUCCCACCCCACAGCACCCCCGGGAACCCCCCCAGGUCUCACACUUCCAGGUUCUUUUAUUUCCCCCCAUACUGUCAGUUCUACCUUGGUUCUGGGUUAGAGGCGACCGUGGUACCAGGGGCACUCACAUACCUCCUUUUUCUCUCUUCUUUUUUUUUUGUUUUUUUUUUAAAAAGAAAAGAAAACCAGUUCCAAAAUACUCAUUAUGGUCCGUUAUUCACUAUGUGUAAUUAUGUGUUUAAUAGAUUUAUUCAUUUAAAAAAGGCUCCGCACCACAAAAUACGAAGUGUUUUGAUGUUUAAAAGUUAAAAAAAAGAAAAAUAUCCCUACGAAACCCAAGGUGAUUGUGCUCGGAAAAGAGGUACUGUAUCCCUGAAAGGCCUGUUCAAGCACUAAGUGCAUUUACAAAUCUCUGAGAAUGUUUUUUUUUUAUACUAAAAUUGACCAUUAUAUUCUACUGUGAGAAGUGCUGGCUGCACUAUAUUGUUUUAAAAAUGAGAGAAAACAAAUGGAAAAAAAAAAAAAAAAAAACCACACACAAAACCCGCAAGCCCUGUGUCCGGAUGGUGUUUUUCCCAGAGUAAAACCAGGAUAUCGCUGGACGUGUGCUCUGCAGUCUCUUUGCUUCGCUGUGGCUCCCCUCCUUCGCCAGAGCCGGGACCCCCCCCAGCUCCCCACCUUUGUCU